GCCAGUCCAGACGGGGGAAAGCUGGACGGCGGGCGCGCGAGGUUUGUUGUCUUAUCGUUCGCGCCGCUGACGGAUCACCUGGCUGGCGCUGCCGUCGCCCCAGGGACGAAGCUGACGUAGUGAGCGAACAAUGUCGGUGGUCGCUUAGCUCGCAGAGGUUCCCUACGUGUUCGACACUCCCGGUGUCUUUACUGCCUCUCCCGUCUGUGAUCCGCCCGGUACCGCUGGAUUAUCUACAGCUGCAGCGCAGAUUACGCAAGCUGGGGAUUUCUUUGUACAAGAUGUCGCGGCAGUCUGCGGAGAGCAGCAGCUGAGCCGGUGGCCUAGCGGCGGGACUUGGCGCGCGCAAGUCUUUCCAAGAUGGAGAAGGGGGAGCUGGUGUGGUUCGACCCCGGGGUGGGCCACGUGCUGCCCGGGGAAGUGCUGGAGUUCCACAGGGCGGCGCACGUGCUCACCGUGCAGGCAGUCAUCGCCGGCAAGCCGCAGGUGUUCACGCUGAACAGCCUGGCUGGCGUGGAGAAGAGACAGGACCUGGGCCAGCAUGGCGUCGAGGACAUGAUACAGCUGUCGGACCUUAAUGAGGCAUCGCUUCUGUGGAACCUCAAGAUUCGUUACGAUAAGGAACUUAUUUACACGUACACGGGCAGCAUCCUGGUCGCGGUCAACCCGUACAAAAUGUUUGACAUCUACGGGAUAGACAUGGUGAAGAAGUACGAGGGGCAGAUUCUCGGGACGCUCCCGCCGCACCUGUUCGCGAUCGGCUCGGCGGCGUACGGCCACCUGAGCAAGGAGGGCGGGCCGACCGAGAACCAGGUGGUGGUGAUCUCGGGGGAGAGCGGGUCGGGCAAGACCGAGUCGACCAAGCUGGUGAUGCAGUACCUGGCCGCGGUGAACAAGUCGCCCUUGAACCUGGUGACGGAGCAGAUCCUGGAGGCGUCCCCGCUGCUCGAGAGCUUCGGCAACGCCAAGACGGUGCGCAACGACAACUCCUCGCGCUUCGGGAAGUACCUGGAGGUGCACUUCAAGGCGGGAGUCAUCCUGGGCGCCAAGGUGACGGAGUAUCUGCUGGAGAAGUCGCGCAUCGUGACGCAGGCCCCGGAGGAGAGGAACUACCACGUGUUCUACGAGAUGCUCAAGGGACUGGGCUCCGACGACAAGGAGAAGUACGGCCUCCUGACGGCGGAGAAGUACUUCUACCUCAACCAGGGAGGGAACUGCGAGAUCGAUGGCAAGUUCGACGGAGAGGACUUCCAGUCGCUGCUCUCGGCGAUGCAGGUCCUGGGCUUCUCGUCGGAGGAGCAGGACUCCAUCUUCAAGAUCCUGGCCUCAGUGCUGCACCUGGGGAAUGUGUACUUCCACCGCAAGCAGCUGAAGCACGGCACGGAGGGGGUGGAGAUCGGCUCGGACGCGGAGAUCCGCUGGACCGGGCACCUGCUGCAGCUCAACACCGACGGCAUCAAGCGCUCCCUCACCACCAAGACCACGGAGGCGCGGAACGAGCGGGUGCUGACGCCACUGAGCAUCGACCAGGCCCUGGACGCACGCGACGCCUUUGCCAAGGCCCUGUACAGCGCCCUCUUCACGUGGCUCGUGUCGCGCAUCAACCAGAUCGUGUUCAAGGGCACCAAGAGGACCGCCUCCAUUUCCAUCCUCGACAUAUUUGGCUUCGAGGAUUUCAAGGAGAACAGCUUCGAGCAGCUGUGCAUCAACUACGCCAACGAGAACCUGCAGUUCUACUUCAACAAGCACAUCUUCAAGCUGGAGCAGCAGGAGUACGCCAAGGAGAAGAUCGAGUGGCAGACCAUCACGUACACGGACAACAUGCCGGUCAUCAGCCUGAUCGCCAAGAAGCCCGUGGGCAUCCUGCACCUGCUGGACGACGAGUCCAACUUCCCCAAGGCCACGGACCUGUCCUUCCUGGAGAAGUGCCACUACAACCACGCCCUCAACGAGCUGUACUCGCGCCCGCGCAUGUCCGGCACGGAGUUCGGCGUGCGGCACUACGCGGGCCAGGUGUGGUACAGCGUGGACGGCUUCCUGGACAAGAACCGCGACACCUUGCGGCCGGACGUCGUGGAGCUCCUCAUCUCCAGCAAGCUCGCCCUGCUGAGCAAGAUGUUCCAGUGCGUGCGGUCCAGCCACGAGGCGACCAAGACCAUCAACAAGGCCAACGGCAGGUUCGUGACGAUGAAGCCGCGCACGCCCACCGUCGCCGCGCGCUUCCACGACUCCUUGCAGCAGCUGCUGGAGUCCAUGUCCAAGUGCAACCCCUGGUUCGUGAGGUGCAUCAAGCCCAACUCGGACAAGGCGCCCAUGAAGUUCGACAUGCCCAUCGUGCUGGAGCAGCUGCGGUACACGGGCAUGCUGGAGACCAUCCGCAUCCGCAAGAUGGGCUACCCCGUGCGGCUGCGCUUCUCCCACUUCGUGGAGCGCUACCGCUACCUGCUGCCCCAGGGGGGCAGGGCCGUCCAGCGGGGGACUCCGUUCAGGGAGCUGUGCCGCGUGAUCCUGGAGCAGGCGGCCCCGGGAGGCACGGACUACCAGCUGGGCAGCACGCGCGCCUUCCUGCGCGAGGGGCUGGAGCGGCGGCUGGAGGGGCGGCGCGCGGGGAUCCUGCGCCGCGCGGCGGUCACGCUGCAGCGACACGCGCGCGGGUACCUCGCCCGCCGGCGGUACCGCGCCGCGCGCCACGCCGCCCUCGUGCUGCAGGCGCACCUGCGCGGCUGGCGCGAGCGGCGCCGCUUCCUGGCGCUGCGGCGCGGCGCGGUGAUCGCCCAGGCCAACUUCCGCGCCCGGCGCCAGCGCAGGCGCUACCUCCAGCUCAAGGAGGAGCUGAAGCGCCGCGCGGAGGUGGAGAAGAUCGCGCGGGAGCGGGCGAAGGCGCGGCAGCAGAAGGAGGAGGUGGAGCGAGCGUCCCGCGCGGUCGCCGGCGUCAACCACCUGGAGAUCCCGGCGGAGCUGGCGUUCAUCUUCAGCAAGCUGGACGAUUGGCAGCCUGUCCACUCGGAGCGUAACCUGGUGAAGGUGGUGGGGGGAGUCUCGCCGCGACAGGAGAGGCACCACCUGCCUCACGACAUCGACUACCACGCCUUCACCAAGUUCACCAACGUCUACUUCAAGUCCCACCUGUGGGGCAUGAAGCGCGAGCCAAUCAAAACGCCCUUCCUGGCCAAGUCGAAGGACAUGGACUACCAGGACUCGCUCGCCAUCUUCAAGCUGAUCCUGCGCUUCAUGAACGACAACAACCUGAGCGGGAAGAAGGAGAUCGCGUUGGGAGACUACAUCGUCAACAAGGGCGUCGUGAACGAGAAGCUGCGCGACGAGAUCCUGUGCCAGCUGUGCAACCAGACGUGGAAGAACGACAACGACGCGAACAACGAGCGCGGCUGGCUGCUCAUGGCCAACUGCCUCUCUGUGUUCCCCCCCUCCAAGACCCUCUACAAGUACCUGCUCAAGUACGUGUCGGACCACGGCUACGACGGCUACAAGGCGCUGUGCCAGCGCAAGCUGCUGCAGUCGGCGCGGGUGGAGAGCAACCUUGCCAGGGGCUUCCCGCCGUGCCUGCUGGAGUGGCGCUCCAACCGCAAGAGGGUCAACAUGGCCCUCGGCUCCGAGUGUCCCGACGGGGAGACGCGCACCGCGGCCGUGGACUCGUGGACCACGUGCGAGGACCUGGCCGCGCAGGUGGUCAGGGAACGGGGCAUCGCGGAGACCCAGGGUUGGACGGUGAGCCUCGCGGACGACGAGCGGGGCGCGAGGGAGGCCCUGGGGCUCGACUACGUGCUGGACCUCGUCGCGGAGAUGGAGCUGGCCCCGGCGUUCCCCGCCUGCCGGAGCAGCUUCCUGGUGUCGGGGCGCCGCGGGGCCGGCCCCUCGCCCGGGGACGCGCAGCCGGACGUCGCCCCGCCGGCGUCGUCCUCGCCGCGCCGCCCGGCCGUGCCCCCGCCGGAGCCCCCGGGCGCCAAGCAGGCCGCGCGCAAGCAGUCGCACGAGGGGCCGGAGCACGGCAAGAAGGGCGGCAAGCUGCGGUCCCAGUCGCGCGACCACACCGUCGAGAUGGGGCUGUCCCGGCAGUCGGCCCUCAACGACCGCUACUUCGAGGACAAGGGUCGCAGCCGCAGUCUGGACAACCUGCUGGAGUCGGAGCUGCCGCCGCCGCGCCAGCUGGAGAGCCUGGGCCUGUCGCACAGCCGCCUCAACGACCGCUACCUCUCGGUGGAGCAGGUGUCGGGCAGCCAGGGCGACGUGAGGGGGGGCGUCUCCAACAAGGCGUACAUGAGCAAGGCCGAGGCUCUUUUGGAGGAGAACCUGGAGUCCGUGUCGCAGCGCGGCGACAGCCGAAAGUACAGCCUCAACAACAGCAGGUCGACGGAUCUGAACCUGAACGGCCGCAGCUCCUCGUCCGCGGUGCUGGACCAGCUGCCGUCGGACCUGCUGCCGGGCUCCGGCUCCAUAGAGUUCGACUACCACGACCUGGUGAGCCAGGCGCGCAGCGAGGACGACAAGAGCAGCUAUGUCAAGGGCCAGCCCAGGUUCAUAAAGUCGCAGUACACGGGCAAGAGAGCGGCGCCGGGCAGCCACUCCAGCCGGGCGUACAUCGAGACACGCAACUCCGAGAAGUCAGAAUACGGUGCCAAGUCGUCUGCUCUGUCGGACACCAGCGAGGCCCCGUCUCUGGCAUCGCACGUGCGGCGUGUGAGAGUGCCGUCGCAGGCGUCGGACGUCGACCAGUUCCUGGACGACCUGUUCAUGCCGGUGCUGGACGGCAACCUGGACGAGCUGUCGGACGCCCGCUCGCUUGCCGCCUCGAUCAAGGGCGGUGGGCGGCGGCGCAGCGCCUCGGGGAGCAGCGAGGACCACGAGGUGGCCGUGCUCACCGGCUCCGGGACGUCCUCGCUCAGGAUGCCAAACACACGUCCCAGGGCAGAAAACGUGGAUGACUACAUAACCGACCUCUUCAAGCCGAUCUUCGUGAACGACAGCUUGCUGAGGCUGACCGAGGCUUCGACCUUGGCGGACGCAAUAAAAGGGGGCGGAGGAUUGGAAGCACACCAGGGCUCCAACCAGAGCCAGGCCGCGGCCGGGUUCGGCUUCACGCCCAUCCCGAACAUGACCUCUCCCACGCCCCUCAUGAUGUCCGGGAUGAUGUCCCCGCCGCCGGUGAUGAUGCCCGGGAUGCCGCUCUACGCUCCGACAGCCCAGCCCGCCGCGAGCCUGCCCUUCAUGGGCCAGCCGGCCGCCCACCAGUUCUUCCCCGUCGCGGAUCCUGCGGGCCACCCCCUGCCGCAGGGCGGCGCCCCCGGCUACCUGCCCGUCCCCAUUUACAACAUGCAAGGGCUGAGCCUGCCGCCCUACUCGCCGGUGCCCGCCGCGGGGGCAGGGGCCCACCAGGCUGCUGACCCCGCCCUGGCCGCCUACCAGCAGAACCUGCAGCGCGCCUUCCUGCAGUCCGCCAUGGCACAGAACAUGCAGAUGCAGCAGCAGCUGUUCGCCCAGAACCAGGCGCUCCAGCAGAUGCUGCAGCAGCAGGCGGCCGCGCAGUCCGCGCACACCCCAGGUCUGCACAUGGUCAGCAUGCCCGGGGCCUCCCACCAGAUGGCGGGGCUGCUACCCCCUUAUGACUCUCUCGGACGCAGCUCCAAGGUGUCCUUCAGGGAGCCGGAGAACACGGAGCUGUGGUCCACGGAGAAGCGGCAGGCGGGGCCCCAGCAGCCCCCGGCGCCCUCCCCCGCCCCGCCCCUGCCCCCCAAGGCCCGCUACGCCUCGCCGCCGCGUCAAGCCGCCCGCCCGGAGACCACCACCACCCGAGCCCAGGUGCACCGGCCUCAGUCGCCGGCCAGAGACGCGGCUGCGCCCGCGCGGAAGAUGACCCCCACCAAGACCAGCUCCCACACGGCCUUCACGAGCGUGCUCUCGGAGCUGAAGAGCCGUCGCAGCUCCAGCGAGUCCUCGUACUCCACGUCCAACAAGCAGGUCUCCUCCGGGGUGCCGCCCCCUCCGCCCCCGCCGAUGCCUCCCCCGCCCGACCACUCCGACCCGUCGGAGGCCCGGCCGUUCCUGGACCCGUACGGCCGCGCCAAGACGGUGCGCAUCGGCAAGUGGCGCUGGCCGCCGCCCAAGGGGGAGCGCGACGACGGCUCCGACAGCUUCCUGCAGUUCAAGCUGCGGCAGCACCACCGCAAGACCACGCCGCAGCAGCAGCUGCAUGCGCACGAGUUUGCGGAGCACCAGGAGGGGGUGGAGUGGGAGGAGUUUGAGGUCGGCGAGGCGGGGGCGCCGGGCCGGGAGCCCGCGGGCUCCAGCCAGCCCGCCAGGAAGGACAGCCACCCCGCCUGGGACAGCCACGUGGCCAGGAAGGACAGCCACCCCGCCUGGGACACCCACGUCGCCAGGAAGGACGCCGAGCUCCAGAGCCGGGAGAAGAAGGCCGCGAGGGCCUUCGACGUGGGCGCGGCGCGGCCCAGCCCGGGCAGCAUCGGCAAGCUGCGCAUCAGCAGCGAGAUGAGGAGCAAGCUGGAGACAGUCACCGCCAACCACAGUCUGAGGGCUACCAACAAGCCGGAGAAGCCGGGCGUGCUGCCGCCCAAGAGGGACGACGCUCCGCAGAGACCCGUGAAGAAGCUGGAGGACAACCGCAUGCAGGUCCUGGAGCAGCAGCUCGCCGGCCGCUGGGACUCGCUGGACUCCGUGGACGCGGCGACGCGCAGCGUGAGCAAGGAGGACCGCUCGGAGGUGCAGCAGACCAACAUCGUCCGCAGCCAGGUGGAGCGGAUGGAGAAGACGACGCCCCGCUACGAGGACAAGGCAUGGGACAAAGGGUCGCCGCCCACCAACGGCUGGGACAAGUCGGGCUCCCCGGGGGCCCAGUGGGACAAGAUGCCCUCUUCCCAGGGCUCCGCAUGGGACAAGUCGGGCUCCCCCGGGGCCCAGUGGGACAAGACGCCCUUGUCCCAGGGCUCGGCGUGGGACAAGACGCCCUCGUCCCAGGGCUCCGCGUGGGACUCGGGCUGGGGGGAGAAGUCCGCGAGCAGCUGGAGGCCGGCCCCGCCCCCGCCCCCGGUCACCCCCCACUACGUGGACUCCUCGCCGGCCCCGCGUCCCAACACCUUCUACUCCCCGAGCCAGCCGCCGCCGCGGUCGCCGCCCCCGCCCAUCCAGCCAAUCAGGCACCAGCACCACGCCGGCGGCAAGGCGGGCCACCGCGACGACGCCUUCGAGAACGCCAGGAACGAGGUGUUCAGCCGAGAGGCCUUCGCCAGCCAGUCGCGCAAGAUGGACGACCGACGCUCGUCCGUGUCCACCCACCUCACGGACAAGAUGGAGCGGAUCGAGAUCGAGGAGUCGUCGGAGUUCCUGAGGCCGGUGGACUCGGCGCCGCCGACGGUGAUGGACCGCCGGGACCUGGACCGCAGCGUGGAGGCGGCGCAGACCAAGCUGUUCGGCCCCAGCGCGGCCGCCUACUUCACGUACAACCGCGUCAGCUGGCGGCUGGUCGUGAGGAAGGAGGUGUUCUCCCCGGGAGAGACGCUCGUCAGCCCGCUGGCGCUGCACCUGGUGUUCUGCCAGGUGGUGCGGGACGUGCUGGCGGGACCGUGCCUGCGCAUCGGUCGCGACCAGCGCGCCAACAUGAAGAAGUUGCUGGACAGCUACGGCGUCUCGCUCAACAACCUGCUCUCCUCGCCGCAGAAGGUCACCAUAAAGAAGAAUGUCGUGGACCUGGCGAAGGACUGGCCGGUGUACUUUGCCCGGAUCUUCCCCGUCUCCGGCGGGCACCAGCACCCGGCCGUGCAGAUGCUGGCCGUGUCCCACUCCGGGGUGCGGCUGCUGCGACGGGAGACCUCGUCCCUCGACGAGCAGCUGCAGGUGUUGGACACAUUCAGCUUCGAGGAGAUCGCGGAGACGAGCGUGCCGAAGGGCAGCGCCGUGCAGCUGCUGCUGAGCACGGGCGGCCGUGUGCUGCUCUACACGCAUCGCGCCAACCAGGUGCUCAGCAUGAUCGAGCAGUACUCCCUCGCCAGUGAGAAGCUGCAGCAGAAGAGCGGCCUGGGGCCAGCCCCGCAGCCCGCGGCGGAGGCCUUCCCGCCCCUCGUGGCCGCCAGGAGCGCCCCGGCGCCCGACGGCUGGAUGGGGGCGCACCGCGGGGAGUCCCGGGGGCAGCCACUCCCCGAGCCGGCCGGCCAGCACGACGGCAAGCACUCGCUGCUGCAGUUCGCGAUGCUGCACUUCCGCCAGAGCCCCGACAAGUUCGAGAUGCUGAAGGGCGCGGACGGCUCCAUCAGCGGGUCGCUCAAGGCCAUAGAGAGCAUGAAGAACAAGAAGAACAAAGGGAAGAAGGCGAACAAGAAUGACUGGACGUGGAAGGAGCAGGUGUCGAUGGUGAAGUACUCGCCGGUCCCGAUCGAGCAGUCGCUGCUGCGGCUGGAGACGGCCGAGCUGAGCGAGCUGGCGGUGGAGUGCUUCCAGGCCGUCAUGCGCUACAUGGGCGACCACCCCAUGAGCCCCGAUGUGACGGAGGUCAAGUGCGUCUACACCAUCCUCAUGCACUGCCACAAGCACGAGGCGCUCCGGGACGAGCUCUACUGCCAGCUGAUGAAGCAGACGACCAACAACAAGUCCCCCCGCCCCGACUCGUGCCAGCGCGGCUGGCGGCUCUUCAGCAUCGUGGCCGCCUACUUCGUCUGCUCCGAGACGCUCAAGCCCUACCUGUUCAAGUACCUGGAGACGGCGGCCUACGACAAGCGCAGAGCGUACCACGGGACAGCGACGGUGUGCCUGCAGAACCUGAGGAAGACUUUCAAGUACGGCGGGCGCAAGAACGUGCCGAGCGUGGAGGAGAUCACGGCCAUCAGCGCCGGCAGGAACUCCAAGAGGCAGAUCUACCGGCUGCCCGGCGGCACGGAGCGGGUCGUCAACACCAAGUCCACCACCGUCGUGCAGGACGUGAUAGAGGAGAUGUGCAGCAUCAUCAACGUGCAGUCGGGCCACGAGAUGGAGGAGUUCUCCCUGUACUGCAUCGUGGAGGGGGACACCUUCACCAUGCCCCUCGCGCGGGAGGAGUACGUGCUGGACGUGACCACGGAGCUGCACAAGAACCAGCAGGUGUUCUACCUGAUCUUCUGCCGCUCGGUGUGGCACUUCCCGCUGCGGCUGGACUCGCCGCUGUACAUCGAGGUGGUGUUCAACCAGAUAGCCCCCGACUACCUGGAGGGCCUGCUCCUGGUGAUGCCAGGGGAGCAGCUGGAGCAGGACGCCAUCUACGACAUAGCGAAGAUCGCGGCGCUGCUGCACCGCGCGGCCGACAUGACCCACCUGCCCACCAUGAAGGAGACCAAGUUCCUGCUGCCCAAGCCGGCGCUGAGCGUGCGCGACGUGAAGCCGGCGCAGUGGGUCAACAUGGUGCAGGGCAACUGGCGCGAGGUGGAGGGGCUGCCCACCAUCCAGGCCAAGGCACAGGUGCUCGACAUUCUCUCCAAGUGGCCGCUGUUUGGCUCGAGUUUCUUCGCGGUGAAGAGGCUGUCUGACCCCAAGGAGCGCAGCGACCACAUCCUGGCACUCAACAGGCAUGGCGUGCACUUCGUGGACCUCGUCACACACGAGACGCUGAUCCACUACCCGUACUCGGAGGUGAUAUCGACGCGCAAGGUGAAGUCGGAAGAUGGGACGCUGUUCCUGGACAUGAAGUGUGGCAACCUCAUGCAGCAGCGCAUCACGAGGCUGCAGACGGACCAGGCUCACGAGAUAUCGCGUCUCAUCCGCCAGUACAUCACCAUGGAGCAGAGGCUGCGCUCCUGAGACACACCUGCAACACAUCGCCGAAACUAGCGAGACAAUCCGUCCCCGUCGUUGCUGCGUGAAGGAUAGGAGUUAUAUUGUCAUUGGGUUCUUUUAUUGCCCAUCUAAAUGUCAGUGAAAUGUGACACUGUAUCAAGAAUACGUACAAAACAGACACACUUAUUAGGAAUUUCUGUUUUAAAAAAAUCUGAUCAUCUGGAAGUGCAACAAAGAAGAUUCAAAUGUACUGGUUACAGAAACAUUUUUUUUGUAUUGCUCAAAAAUCUAUUUUUUAUUUGAAAAAAAAAAAAGUGUUUGUAUUUUAUGUGUUCAUAAAACCACAUAACACUAAACUAAUGUUAUCAAUUGUGGUGAUAUCCAAACCAUGAAGAAUGUAAGAACUAACAUGAAAAACUUUGCUUGGGACACUUGAGAGAGGCAUUCCACAAUAGUUGUGGAGUGCUUACAUGUAUGAUGAUGACAUACGCAGUGUUUUCGUAUUGUCGUCAAUGCUCAAUGUACAUUGUUACUUUUAAAAAAAUGUUCUUGUAUUAGCCUGUAAUUAAUUAUGUACCUACUAUAUGAUGUGUAAAGAAACAGUUGUAAUAAUUCAUAGUGAUGCACGACAUGUUACUUUUAUUUAACAGGAGACUCUUCAAUUAUUAAUGUGCUUGUUGUGCUGUGGCGAAAGCAGAGACAGAAAGAUGUGUGUACUAAGUGUCAAUGUUGUGCACCUAAAAAAAAUAUUUUUUUUUUUAAAGUUGGCAAACAGACCUACGUAGAAUAAACAAGUACUUGUAUCAAAAUAGUAAAGUAUUUCUGUAUAAUUUACCACUAAUUAUUAUGUAAAUUUUAUAUUACCAAUGCUAUACAAGAAAACCUUGUUGUCAUUGAUGAUUUACAGUUGUCAGUGCAUCAUUGUUAUAUUUGUAUGUUACUGAGUAUUACAUUUUAAUCAAAUAAAUUCUUUGAGAAUGAAUGCGAAUACAGCCAGCUUUUCUGUGGACACGGAACCAAAUAAUUUCUGAAAGCAGUUUAAAUGACAUGUUCAGAAGUUCUAAAUGAAGUAAAUAUGUAUUUCUAAAUAUGCACAUGAUAUGAUUUUUUAAUCAACCAGAAAGGCACCUACUUAUUUUAUUUCAGGUGAAUGAAGGUGUUGCAAUAUUGCAAACCAACAUCAGCUUCAACCUUAUAGACUCGUCUUACAUAUUUGUAGGGAUGUGUGGAAUUAGAAGUUUUGAAGCGGAGUAAAGUGACUACUUAAGUCAAAUUAAAUAUAAAAAAUUUUUUUACUUGGGAUGAGUGGGUAAGAAAAAUUUCCAGUUUUGGUUAAGUAACUACCCAAAACCUGAACCAAUAUAAUUUAAUGGACUCAAAACAUUUUCAAUCCUAAACAUUUAAGUGCAAAAGCACAAACAGUGCAACUCAUUUUCUAUGAUUGUGUUAUAUUAUCUUUUGUUCUCAAAUAUGUACUGGCUCCCUCCCUCAUUAGCAUUCAUGUCAUAUCAUGCAAGGUUUGAAAAAGGUCCUUUGAUCAAGAAAUAAAAUUUCUUUAACAAAUAUAAAAUGUUUAUUCUUAGCACUUCUUUUUACCGAGAUUGUUAGCUACAUUUUAAAUUGGUAAUUCCUGUUAUUUUACAGAAUUUUAAAUGUUGCUGAAUAAUACCAACGCACCCAUUUUACAAUAGCUUAUUAUAUUUACACCUAACUUAAUUAGUAGAUGAAAUGAAAAACCACUUGAAGUAUCACAAUGCCAUCUUGCAGAAUGAUUUGAAAACAUGCUAGAAAAUUAAGAAAAUUUUUUUUUUAAAGGUUCCCUCUCCUCCUCAUACUGAAAUAAAGCUUUUCUUCAGAAUUACGGAUUGUUUUCACACAAUAAAAACCAUGUUGUGUUUCAGAAACUAUCUCAAAAAAUAUACAUAGUAUGUAUCAUCGCCAUAACUUUCUUAAACUUAAACUCAGCCAAAAAAUUUAAAUAACUUUCUGUUGAAUUAUUAAAACAUGUGAUAGGUACUAAAUGAAGCAGUACCCCAACUCUACCUUUGGCAUAAACAGGGCAGAAAAUACAUAAUGUGUACAUUUACAAUGUAAUUAAAGUACAGUAGAACCCCUGUCAUACACUUUUCAACGGAGGGCACAAAAAUGGUGUAUGAUGCGGGAAAGUGUAUGAAAAGGGAAUGGCAAUAAUACAACUUUUUUUCAAUCUAGCAUACCAGCACAAUGUCAGAUUAAACUUAAAUACAUAAUGUGUAAAUAAUUGCAUUAUAUAAUGAAAGAUAUGAAUUCAUAAUUAUAUAAAUACACAUAAUAAAACCACCAGAAAUGUAAAAUACAGUCUAUCAUCAAGUAAAGCUGACAUGAGAAACAGUGAUCUUACAAAAUGUUAUGAAGUCC